GUUAAAUUUCGGGUGUCUCUGGUGAAAGACUUGCAUAUAAAUAACAUCUGAAAUUCGUAAACGCUAUCAGUUCACAUUAGAAGAACCGUCACAAAGCAACGAUGAAAGUAGUAAUUGCCCUUUUCGCUCUCGUAGCUGUAGCCGUAGCUGCUCCCCAAAAUCCUGCUGACGCCCAAGCUCAGGUAUUAAGAAGCGACUUGGACAAUAUUGGUGUUGACAAAUUCAGCUAUGGAUACGAAACUAGCAACGGAAUCUCUGCCCAAGAAGAAGGUCACGUCAUCAACGCUGGAUCUGAAAACGAAGCUAUCGCUGUCCGUGGUUCCUUCCAGUACACCGGACCUGACGGUCAGCAAUACUCUGUGCAAUACGUAGCUGACGAAAACGGUUUCCAACCACAAGGUGCCCAUUUACCUGUUGCCCCUCAAUAAGUGAUUAAUGUUUUAUAUUGUUGUUGCUUAAUUUUAUAAGGAUAAUAAAAAAAAUAUAUUAAAAUAA